UCCAAACAAGUCCUAAACACCUCCAGAUGUGGAGGUGGGUCCAAUUCGAAAGGAUUUUGAUGACGUGGACAUCCGACUGAGCAAUUCAUGCGGUGGCCGUGGCCACCUCACCCUCUUCUCCUGCAACAAAAAUUCCGCCCCCUUCUCUCUUUCUCUCUCCUCUCUCUUCUUUCUCUCUCCGAGAGAGCUUUUGCGUCGUUGUGAACUCCGCCUACUUUCGAUGACACCGAGAACAAAUCACCCACCUUAAUUCCCCCUCUUUAAUUUAAUUUAAUAUCAUGCCCCUUCCAUUUCAUUCUCAUUGACUCAAACGGUUCUCUUUCUCUCUCUAACAUACAGUUGCAGUCCCUGCUUCUCUCUCUAACUAACAAUAACAGUCGAACCAGAGUUUCUCUCUCUCCCAUGGCAACCUCACUCCCGUCUUCUGCAUUCGUGGGAUGCCCUAGCUCUCUAAAACCCCCGUCCCAUCUACAUCUCUGCAAAUCCCAUCCCAAUGCCCUAACUAUCAAUGCCAAGAUCAGAGAGAUAUUCAUGCCAGCUCUGAGCUCCACCAUGACUGAAGGCAAGAUCGUCUCUUGGAUCAAGUCGGAGGGCGAAAAAUUGCAGAAAGGAGAGAGUGUGGUUGUUGUCGAAUCUGAUAAGGCAGACAUGGAUGUCGAGACCUUUUAUGAUGGUUACCUGGCUGCAAUCAUGGUGGAAGAUGGAGGAGUAGCAGCAGUGGGAUCAGCCAUUGCCCUCCUUGCUGAAACAGAGGAGGAAAUUCCAGAGGCCAAGUCGAAGGCGUCAGGUUCUACGGGUAAAACUGUGAUCGAUCAGGUGCCUUCCCCUCAAUCUGAGAAGAAAACCUUAAUUGACCAGCCUCCUGUGGUUCAAUCUGAGACCCUAAUUGAUAAGGCUAAUUCAUCGCCAGCAGUUAGUGUGAGCUCUGAGCAUCCAGCUUCAGAAGGGGGAAAAAGAGUGGUGGCGACUCCUUAUGCAAAGAAGUUGGCAAAGGAGUUGAAGGUGGAGCUUGGAUCCAUUACUGGGAGUGGACCAAUGGGGAGAAUUGUUGCUAAAGAUGUUGAAGAAGCUGCUUCUUCUUCCUCCUCCUCUUCUUCUGCUGCUCCUGUGCCUGUCAUUUCUCAGGCUAAGCCUGCAACUUCUUCUUUUGCUUCUCAAGCUAGUGUGGUCGGAGGAACGAGUGCUGUGUUCACAACGAUGCAGGGGGCGGUGAGUAGGAACAUGAUGGAGAGCCUCUCGGUUCCUGCUUUUAGGGUUGGAUAUACCAUUACCACUGAUGCCCUAGAUGCUCUCUACAAGAAGAUCAAAUCUAAAGGAGUAACCAUGACAGCAUUGGUCGCAAAGGCUACUGCUCUUGCAUUGGUGAAACACCCAGUUGUCAACGCCAGCUGCAAAGAUGGAAAGAGUUUCACCUACAACAACAACAUCAAUAUUGCUGUGGCAGUGGCUAUGGAUGGUGGAUUGAUCACUCCAGUUCUUCAGGAUGCUGACAAGAUUGAUAUCUACACGCUGUCGAGGAAAUGGAAAGAGCUGGUUGAUAAGGCCCGUGCAAAACUGCUUCAACCUCAAGAAUAUAGCACAGGGACAUUCACGCUUUCAAACCUUGGCAUGUUUGGAGUGGAUCGUUUUGAUGCAAUUCUGCCUCCUGGAACUGGGGCUAUCAUGGCUGUUGGAGCAUCUCAACCUACUGUAAUUGCAACUGAAGAUGGCCGGAUUGGUGUGAAAAGUCAAAUGCAGGUGAAUGUCACGGCUGACCAUCGUAUUAUUUAUGGUGCUGAUUUAGCUUCGUUCUUGCAAACUCUAGCUAAGUUAAUUGAGGAUCCGAAGGAUCUCACUCUUUAGUUUCUUCCAGCCCAAUUUAUUGUGGAUGGCGAAUUCCUUCCAUGUGACAAUGAUGAUAGAUUUUGAUUACAUCUCCGGAGGUUUGGCAGUUGAAGAGAAAGUGUGUGGCUCAUUUUUUAGAAUUAAAUUGACGUACUGUAUCUGUAGCAUCAGGUUUCAUUGUUUAAAGGGAUUUUUACCAAUACAGUCCCAUGUAAUAGUUUUUUAUUAUGAUAUGAUUUUGACUUUGGCCUUUCCAGAUACACGUGGCUUCUUUCAGAGGAGCAAAUUAUUGAGGACACGGUUUCUAUGCA